AAACCCCCUCACCCUCUCACCCCACGAACCCUAGCGCUCCAGAUCAGCCACCCACCUCACGCGCUCCCCCUCGUCUCCCACAUCGCCGCCGCCACCCCUCCGAUCCCAUCCCUCCCGAUUCAGAUCCGACCCCGCCGCCCGCACCCGCGCCACCACCCGCUCCUCCUCGCCUCCUAGAGGACGUCCGCCGCUCUUCCUCCGCCCGUCCCCUCGCCCCCGCACUGGUACCACCGCCGAGCCCAGUUCCCCUCACUUCUUCGUCCAGGCGCCAUCGCCAUCAAUCGAUCUCCCGAGCAAGCGACCUUCCUCCCCCGCCGUCAAGGGGCCUCCAUGAACCAAGGCCGGCGACGUCUACCGCGCGCCGGAUCCGACACGAGGACGACGAGCAGGGAGCGGGCUUCCUCACUCUGCUCCUUCUCCGGUGACGACCUUCCCCUCCGUGCGCGCGUUCCAGCAGCGGGCUUCUCCUUCCGCUUGCUUUGCGUCGCGGAGCCGCGGAGGAAGACCCACGGGUGAAGAGGAAGCUGAAGCUGAAGCGUCUGAUGCUUCUCGAAAAAUUGAUGCAUUAUGGACCGGCGGAGGAUCUGUACGGCAUGUUCAUCAACAAAGUCCGGCGCGAGCCCCCACCCGAGAUGCUGGAAGAAGUCAGGGGGCUUACAAAGUGGGUGCCGUCGCUGGUUAAGAUGACAAGAAGCUUUGUUGAGGAGAACAUCAACAGGUCCCGGAAGAGGAUGGACGUCGCUGCGUUGGACAUGCUGCAGUUCCAUUGAUAUGCUUGUGUGGCUUGCUGAUAUUUGGUAUCGUAACGUGUUCGUACCAUUUCAUGAGCAUUGCAUCUUCAUUGUCAGCGCAACUGGAAGGCAUUCGAUGGAAUUCAUUUGGAAAUGGAUCCCUGUUGAUACUCAGUAGUGAAUCUCCUGUCAAGUAUAUUGGACAAUAAGUUCAUCCUGAUCAUAUGGAAUGCUUGUUAAUAUGCUAGAGGGCCGAGUGCUCAGUGAAAACUUUGGUCCUUGUUCCAUGAUUUUGGAGAUCAAUGUCGUAGAGCCCUGUGCACUGUGUGUCCAUGUUGCUUUCUUUUUGCUGUCGCGCUUUAGCUGGUCCAUCAAACCUCUAGGUAUCUUCCUGCUAGCAUUGGGGGGAAGACGGGACAUCUUCUUUUUUACUUGUUUUCCUUUUUGAAAAAAAAUUGGAAUGCUCGUUCACAGACAAAAGCAUGCUGUACUGUGAUAGAGUUGUGCCAUUGUAAUUAGUCUUAGAUGAGUUCACAGACCCAUGGACAUCUGAUUUGCCUUGCUAGGCGAAGAGGAAAACCAGGGCUGGAACUGACUGGAACAUGAUGAUUUUGUUAGCCCACUGAAGAAUUACCCAACACCUCAA